AUGACAGCAGCAGCGAGCAAGAGCGGCGCUGCAGCAGCAACCAGUGCCGCCACAGCAGUCGCUACAGUGGCAGCAUCUGCAGCGGUGAUAUGCGCCGUGGGAUACAGACCUCUCUGCCGCGUGCUGUCAUGGAUGUUCCCUGCGGAGUCCUGGGGUCCCGGCAAGGGGGUUGAGCUGGCAGUGCAUUUUCAGUGGCACAUAAUGACCACAUGCUUGCUCUACUUGCCUGCAGUGUAUGUCCUGCGUUGGGUCAUGUCUGGACGGCCUGCGUAUUCUCUGCGUGGCGUAGCCUUUGUUUGGAAUCUGGUGCUUUCUCUGCUGUCUUUCCUUGGUUUCGUGACGGUGUUAAUCCAGCAGCCGUCGCUGUUCACGGUGCCUAUACACCCGGAGCGUCUGUUUGAGCCGCCCGUGCGUGUCGUUGUGGCCCUCUUCACUUUAACUAAAGCGGUAGAAUUCGGAGACACAUUCAUUCUCGUGUUUAAAAAGAAGCCCCUUUCUUUCCUCCACGUCUACCACCACCUAACCGUCACCCUCUACUGCUGGUCUGCCCAGCGCACCAAUGUGGACUUUGCCCACGGAUUUGUUCUUAUGAACCUCGGGGUGCACUCUCUCAUGUACCUAUACUACUGCUUGUCUUGCUGCGUAUCGGCAGCAACGCCCAGGAGCUCCAAAGAUGCCAGCAGCAACAUCAGCACUUCCAGCGGCACCCGUAGCAGCAGCAGCAACAGCAGCAGCAGGAGCUUGCUGCACCAGGUGCUGCGGCAGUCGCGCCCAGCAAUAACUCUCAUGCAGAUAGCACAAAUGCUUGUGGGGAUGUAUUUGGCAACGAAAGGAGCCCUCUGUCUUCAUGAUCCGCAGCAGGUGGUGAAUGCGCAAAUCGCACUGGCUAUGUACACAUCAUACGCCGUACUGUUCUUGAGGCUGUACUGCAGCAGCUACCUUCCGCACCUCAGCAGCAACAGAGUGCUGCUGCUCUUCCUCUUGCAUGCACUCGCGGUAGCGGGCGUCUACUGGCUCUCCUGCGCCCCACACAAACUCCACCUUAUCGCACAUUGUGCGGUUGCUGCUGGUGCCUCGCUUCUGCUGGCCUCCGUUUGCAGCAGCAGCAGUAAGGAAAACAAGAAAAGCAGCAACAGCAGCGGCAAUGUCUGGCUAUCGCUGCUGCUCGCCUUCAGUCUUCCCUGCGGGUUAGCAGUGGCGGCAAAGCAGCAAGAAGACGAACAGGCGGGGGGCCAAACUGCAGCAGCAGCAACAGGGGGCGCAGCAGGUGCCACCCGUGUUGAGGGAUUGCCUGACCGUUACUCCUCGCUCACCUCUACCUCAGCAGGAACUGCAACCCUUUCCUCCUGCAUAAAGAGCUCUGAUGACUUAGGCGCAGCAGCCCCAAAGUGUCCCGCUGCAGCAGCACCCACAGAAGCAGCAGAAGGAGUAAACCCGUCGGGGAAGAAGGGAAAAACAACAGCUAUGCGUGCGCGGCCUCGGGGUGAAGGCGCAAUGAGGCAGCUGACCUACAAGACGGCUUCCAUCAAUUUGUCAGGGUGGCAGCUGAUUGCUGCUGCUGCGGGCGCUGCAGCGCCUGUGGUGUAUGGACAGUUCGUCAGCGGUCAGUGGUCGGUAGGUUUGUGCGUCUUUGGAGGACUGCGCUGGGCAAUUGAACUGCAGGCAGCCCACCACUUGCGCCUGACUGCCUAG